GAUUCAGUUGGUGUUGAACCACGGAGGAUCCAAGAUGGCGUCCUUUGAUCCGUUGUAGUAGUGGUCGCAUCUCGUGGAUUGGUAUAAACAACAACGCCAACACCGUGAUGACCCUGAUCCCACUCAGUCCCGUCUGAGAGCCUUUAGCCGCAUCGGCCACUAGCCCGUGGGACGGGCGGUCUCCCCGUGAAGUGUGAUGGCCGUAGCCGCCACGUGAAGUGAAUUUCGAGUGGGUGCAAUCUUCCAUGGCGGCGCAAGGUCCGCCAACACACGGGAGCGUGCUCUUAAACCGUACGCCCGUGUCCGGGGCCGCAGUGCCCACACACGGACAGCCCGCAUCCGGCCCGGGUGGAAUUCGAGCCGGGCUCAUUGGCGGGGCGGGGGGCGGCACACCCAUCGUGCUCAAUCCGCAAGGGACGGGUCGGGCCAUGAUUCGCGUACCGGGCGGUGGGGGCCUGUCGCGGGCCCCGCCCACGCAGGUGCCGGCCGCCAUCACUUCCGGCCGGAAUAUCGUCAUUAGUCAGCCGGGCAUGCGUCCGGGUCAGCCCGGCUCCACCAUUACAGUGCCUUUACAGACGCUACAGGGCUUGCAACCCGGACAGGGCAUUCCCACCGGGCAAGCCGGCCACUUGUUGGUCAAAACCGAUAACGGGCAGUACCAAAUCUUGCGGGUGGGUCAAGGUGGAGCGGCGAGCGUGGCCACCAGUGUGGCCACCACCAUGGGGGCACCGUCGCUGGCGCCGCGGGCUCCUUUACCGCUGCGGCCCGGGAUGAGUGUGGCCGUCACCUCCUCAGUGGGACUAGCGCGACCCACUAUGGUCACGUCUAGCUUGGCCUCGUCCAUGCGGCCGCCCAACACGUCAUCCCUGUCCACGUCCGUGGCGCCGGCCGCCAGCACCACCGCUUCCUCAACCGCGGGUGGUGGUGGUGGUGGUGGAGGAAGUGGUGGUAUGGGUCAACAAAUGACCCCGGACAUGGCCAAGCUCAAGUGCAAGAACUUCUUGGCCACUUUACUCAAGUUGGCCAGUGAGCAGCCGCCGAAUGUGGCCAAAAAUGUUCGCAACCUCAUCCAAGGGCUGAUUGACGGUCAUGUUGAGCCCGAGGUGUUCACCACUCAACUCCAGCGCGAGCUCAACUCGUCGCCUCAACCGUGUUUGGUGCCUUUUCUGCGCAAGAGCCUGCCUUUCCUCCAGAGCUCGCUCCGGCAGGGCGAGCUCACGAUUGACGGGGUGCGCGCCCCGCCCCUCGUCAAUAGUAACAUGGCUACAAUGGGACACUCGCCCGGAAUGGUCAGUAGUGCGGCCAACCCGACGGCCCCCGGCAGCCUGCGCAAUGUCAGACUCCACACGGCGCGUUCCAUACAACAACAACAACAGCAGCAACAGCAAUCAGGCCCAACGUCGCUCCCACACCACCCUCCCCUACCACCGCCUCAGGUCUUGCAAACCCGUCCAGCCCUUCCGGGCAUGAUCAGGCAUCCGGGACCGCAUCCGGGCCAACCCACCGCCAGCCCCAGCCAUCGCUCCGCUUCGAUCAAUGUACUCCAACAGCAGCUGAUCCAGCAACAACAGCAACGGCUGGCUCAGCAGUCCGGUCAAAACCGCCAACCCAUGGCCGUGCUCAAAAGCACGAUUGCCCCCACGCCCGCCACUCCCAGCACGCCGCGUUUGAGUGGGCCCGCUCCCGUCACUCCCUCUCUGGUCAAAGGUUUGCCCGGGAACAUGCCCGGGCUGGCCCGACCGCCCACCCUACCUCCGCCCAAAUUGGCUGUCCCGCCGUCCGUGAAGGAAAAACGCUCGUCCAGUACGUUCUCCACGGCCGGUGAUGAGGAUAUCAAUGAUGUGGCCGCCAUGGGCGGCGUCAACCUCGCCGAGGAAAGCCAACGGAUGCAGGGUGUGACCGAUAUGAUAGGAACUCAAAUCAGAUCAUGCAAGGACGAGACCUUCUUACAAACGGGUCAGCUCCAUCAGCGGAUAGCCAAGAUCUGUCGGGACAAGGGCCUGGAAGAGCCUUCCUCGGAGGUGAUAGCCCUAGUCUCGCACGCCACCCAAGACCGACUGAAAACGUUGUUGGAAAAACUCUCUGUGAUAGCCGAGCAUCGGAUGGACGUGAUCAAACUGGAGGGCGACCACUACGAGAUCUCUCAGGACGUGAAAAGCCAACUCCGCUUCCUCAACGACCUUGACCGUUUGGAACGACGUCGACACGAAGAGGCCGAGCGAGAGAUCUUGUUGAAGGCCGCCAAAUCUCGGACCAAGACCGAAGAUCCGGAGAAGGAGAAGCUCAAGGCCAAGGCGAGGGAGCUCCAGCGUCUCGAAGAGGAACAGCUCCGCCACGAAAAGGCCAACAACACCGCCUUAUUGGCCAUUGGGGGGUCCAAGAAGCGACUCAAAUUGGACGACUCUUUUCCGUCAGGAGGCCGUCUCGGAGGCCCAGGUGGAGGACCCGGUGGUUCCAUGCCGCCCCGGUCUCGAACCAAACGUGUUCAUCUCCGUGAUCUCUUGUUCCUCAUGGAGCAAGACAAAGCCCUCAAGCGAUCUCCUCUCCUCUGGAAAGCGUACAACGCCUCGUGAUGAGAGACAUCUAUCUACACAACGAAAGUAUGUGGCCGUUGAGGGCGUGUUCGUGGGGGGGAAGGGAAAAAAGAGCGAGUGUAGGGGGUGAGGGAGGGGGGCAGGUCUGGAAAAGGUCGUACCUGGAGACGGCGUUGCUUCUAUCCGUAACUAGUAGCACCAUUAUUACUAUUAUUAUUAUUACAUUCACCAUUGUCGCCCUAUUAUUAUGAUUAUCAUUAUUAUUAUCAUUAUUAUUACUAGAGGAAAACGCCAGAACAAAGACGACGAGAGCGACUGAAAUAACAGAAAAAGAAAAGUAGUCCAACCAUUCGACAAGAAGAAAUCCACAUCCAAGAAUUUGGAAAAGAGGGUUAUCCAAAAAAGCUCACACGGAUACGAAAUACCCGCUGGAAUAAAACUAGAUCAAUCGAAGAAAAGCAAUUGUGAUGCCUUGAAGCCAAAAGAUAGAGGGAGAACAUUGCCGCCACCGUCCACAUCUUCCACCGUUCUCCGCCUCUCGUCCCCGCCCCCUCUCUCCUUCGAAUCCCCACUUUGCCCGCAAUAUUAUCAACCGCCUGUUUUUGGAAUCGCCCUGCCAGGUCCAUCUCCGAAGAAUCCUGUUCGUUUCGAAUGCCACAACUACGCAAUGUAUCUGAUUUAUUACGAGAAAUGCGAUUGUCUCUUCGCCUUCAACCAUUACUGCGUCGAAUAGCGCCUCAGAACAAAACUAAAAACAACUACUACUAUUGCUAAGACUACUUUAUACACCGUUUUCCCUAUGACGAACGUCGAAUAAACAGUCCAUUAUGAAGUGA